AUGUCUACUAUUCUGCCGUUUCGGGACAAACGACUACCUCCGGUGCCAGCAGCAGCAACGUCCAUGUAUUAUCCUGAUCCCCUCCUCCAUGUGGAACGGCAGGCAAAACACAUCCAGAACAACCUCCAGGCUCUCAUUGAUGCGCAAAGCGAUGGGCUGCUCUCCGGUCUUGCACGGCCCCAGUCCGACGAUGCUUCGAGUGGAAGCUUCACACCAACAUCGACCAAAGCUGGCCGUUCUCAGUCUCCAUCCACGAUUCCAGCUAGACGGUCUGCACCCAAAAAGAUUGGGCUUCUCUGUGCACGAGAAGGCAUUUUCCAGUCAAUCUAUGAUCUGUUGAAGCUCCGUGAGGAAGAGCGAGAGAUUCUUUCGUCCCAAACGGACGAAAGGGACAAGGCGCUUCAUGAAAUCCAAGGCUUUAACUCCCGACGGAGUGGACUCGAGGAAGCCAUUGCCACGAUCCAUAGCGACCAAGAGAAUCAACACUCCAAGCACCUCCAAGAAGAGGCUCGCAGCCUCGAGACUGACAUUCAUGAACUGGAAAACAGACUAUACGAGAUGAAAGCUAGACACCGUGGUCUUGUGAACAAGAUCUCGCAUAUCAACAACUCGGUCGAUGCUAAAUUAUCUUCCUACACGGAAUCGUUGUCUUUGCUCCAGUCAGAUAUUCAAAACUACUUGCGCGACCCUCCGGUUCAACCUUUGCCACGGACCGCUGGCAAAUCCACAUUCCAUUCUUUGAAUCCGCAACGACGCACACUUGAGAUGGCUCAGGAGCACUGGAAUACGGAACAAGCAGACCUGCAAAGAAGGCAGCAAAAGGUAGAUGCCGAAAUUCUGGCAUUAGAGGAAGGGGGCGGAGUAUGGAAGCAAGUGGUGACAGACGUUUCCGGUUUUGAGAAAUGGUUAAAGGCCAACAUGCGACAUUAUGUUCAGAUGGAUACAUCUGCGACCGGGUCGAACGGGGCUCAGGUCCCCAAUACCAAGCAAGAACUGAUCAAGAACAUUCUGGAAGAUCUCGAGAAGACAACGCGCCGCGUCGAAGCCCAUCUAGACCUUGCCGAGGCCAAAGAUUGGAAACUCCUUGUUUGUUGCAUUGCGGCGGAACUAGAGGCAUUGCGGGAGGCGCGUGGAAUGCUUCUUCCUGCCUUUGGCUUGCCUGCGCAGGAGGAUGCGCCUUCUCCCAGUUCGCCAGCUCGCGGUGAGCCGCGGGAGGAUCAUUCGGACUCCCAUACAGAUCCGUUGGGGAAUGACAACCCAGAUCCGCCCGCCGGUCUUCUGAAGGAUGGAGAUGCUCCCAUGGAUGCUACAUCCAGAUCGGACGAGGAAGAUGACGAGCCAGACCCGGCAUGGCUGCUACCUGAAUCUUGA